AUGGACGUUUACCUCAUAGCCCCUGCAAACGGCGUGGCUGGCCAAUCGCCGGGGCCGAUUGCUUAUCGCAGCGUGGCUGGGGCAGAAGUCUCGGCGAUGGGCUUAAAAACGCCCCUGGAAUCCUUGGAUAUCGGUGGUGGGAAGGGAGGAACAGGGGGGGUUUUCACCGUUUCCCGGACAAUCGUUGUUGCACAGUUGGAGGGACCACAGGAGUGA